CCCAGUUUCCGUAGGGAAGCGUCGGGCUACUGCAGCUAUUGUGCGUCGCGCCGUUGCCCUCCUCUUCCCGCUUGGGCGUCUUUGGAGGAAGGCUACGUUUCAUUGCCGUCCCGGCUUAACCCUUCCGGAGCUUAACAGGACAGCAGGCCGGCUCCCUUGGACCAGGAAGAAUUUUGGGAGACGGAGGACUCUGAACCAUGGGGCACCCCCCGCUGGAGUUCAGCGACUGCUACCUGGACAGCCCUGAUUUCCGCGAGAGGCUCAAGUGUUAUGAGCAGGAACUGGAGAGGACCAAUAAAUUCAUCAAAGACGUGAUCAAAGACGGCAACGCGCUUAUCAGCGCAAUGAGAAAUUACUCCUCUGCUGUUCAGAAAUUUUCCCAAACGUUGCAGUCCUUUCAGUUUGAUUUCAUUGGAGACACUCUGACUGAUGACGAGAUUAACAUUGCUUUUAAGGCAACAGGAGAUUUGGCAUCUCUCUUGGGAGCUGGAUUUAAUAACUCGCUUUGUGAGCUGCAUGAUGUUGGACAAGAUAUUUCCUCUCUCUGA